GCCAUUUCAAUCUUACCUCUCUUUCAUUUCGACCUCGGACACGAUUACGAGCAUGUGUGAAGUGAAAAGAACAUGGUUGAUGAGGUUUGAUAUUUGAUGCGCAACUGCCCGAAAGAAUAAAAAACAAGAUUCAACAUGUCUAUGUUUGUGCUAUUUGAGCAUGCUUCUGGCUAUGCCAUCUUUAAAGUCAUCGCUAAAGAAGAAAUUGGAGCUUUGCUGCCUGAAGUUCAAGAAUCAGUUUUGGAUUUGGAAAGAUUUGGGAAAGUAGUUAAACUGGUUGCUUUCUCACCAUUCAAAUCAGCAGUGAAUGCUCUGGAAAACCUCAACAAUGUUUCUGAAGGUGUUGCUCAUGAUGACCUGAAGGCCUUUCUUGAAAAUAAUAUCCCAACUGGAAAGAAGAAGAGCAAAGUUGUUUUGGGUGUGGCUGACGGCAAACUUGGUGGCUCCAUCCAAGAGAAAGUUGAUAUCCAGUGUGAAACUGGCGAUGCUGUUCCUGAGCUGCUUCGUGGGGUCAGACUUCACUUUCAUAAGAUGGUUGAAGGCCUCACUGCUGUUGGUUCUGGCAAAGCUCAGCUUGGUUUAGGGCACAGUUACUCAAGAGCCAAAGUCAAGUUCAAUGUGCACAGAGUUGACAACAUGAUUAUCCAGACAAUUGCCAUACUGGAUCAACUUGACAAAGAUAUCAAUACAUUCUCUAUGAGAAUAAGGGAAUGGUAUGGGUACCAUUUUCCAGAGCUGGUAAAGAUUGUCAAUGACAAUUAUAUGUAUGCCAGAGUGGUUAAGUGUAUUGGAUCUAGAAAAAGUCUUGAUGAAGAGAAGUUGUCAGAACUUGAAGAGAUUGUGAUGGAUGAAAGCAAAGUAAAAACAAUCCAUGACGCAUCCAAGAUUUCAAUGGGUAUGGAUAUCGCGCCUCUUGACCUGAUAAAUAUUGGAUCAUUUGCAACCAAAGUUAUCGACUUGGCAGAUUACCGCAAAAAACUGCAUGCGUACCUUUGCACUAAAAUGGAACAGGUGGCGCCCAACUUAUCUGAAGUUAUUGGAGAGCUGGUCGGUGCAAGGCUUAUUGCACAUGCUGGCAGCCUCACAAACCUUGCAAAGUACCCUGCUUCUACUGUGCAAAUUCUUGGUGCUGAGAAAGCAUUGUUCAGAGCCUUGAAAACGCGUGGCAAGACUCCAAAGUACGGACUGAUAUUCCAUUCUUCGUUCAUUGGACGCGCCGGAGCAAAGAACAAAGGCCGCAUUUCAAGAUAUCUUGCUAACAAGUGCUCGAUUGCAUCAAGAAUUGACUGCUUCUCAGACAACCCAAGUUCUGUUUUCGGGAAAAAGUUGCACGAGCAAGUUGAGGAUCGUCUUGAGUUCUACAAUGCUGGCAAAACCCCAAAGAAGAACUUGGAUGUUAUGAAGGAAGCGAUAGAAGAGUUGAGCAGAUCGGUUGUGGAAGAAGAUAACCAGGAAGGUAAAAAGAAGAAGAAGAAGAAGGACAGAAAGUCAAUGCAAGUCGAAGUUGAAGAUGAAGAGAAGCCGAAAUUAGAAGCAAGUGACAGUGUAAGCUCCAGCCAGAAGAAGAAGAAAAAGAAGAAAAACAAUGCUGAAGAUGAAAAGGAACCUGAGGAGAAGCCAGCUGAAGUAGAGAAUGAAGAGCCGGAGAAGAAGAAGAAAAAGAAGAAGAAGCGAACGGAAGAUGAAGAAGGCGAUGAAGCAAAGACAGAGAAGAAGAGAAAGUUAAAUGGUGCUGAUGUAAGCCUGAAUGCCACAGAUAGCUUAGAUACAACAGCUGAUGCUGAAGCACCAAAAAAGAAAAAGAAGAAGGACAAAAAGAAAAACGACGAUUAAACAGUACUUUUAAAAAAAUUCUUUUAAUACAAUUGUGGUGCAAAGUGACUUCGCGAGUUACUCUAUUCGAUUAAUACAUUAGGCCAAACAGUUGCUACAAAAAUCUUGCUGAAAAAGUCAGGAUAUACAACGUUCCCAGACAUAAGAACUUGCUCCACCGCUUUUUCGUAAUUAACUGGUAUUUCUUUUUAAUUUACUGAUAAUUUUAAACGAGCUGAUAAUAAGUAAACAUGUAAUUGUAGAAAUUGGUAAAAAAUGCAACUGGGACUGCAGAUGGUAUAAAGCACCGGAUGGGAUUUGAAUAACUUAUUUGACUAGAGAAAUGCCAGAAUUCAUAGCGUUGGUUCAAUUUCAUUGUGGUGCCGUGACCCUUAUCUAAGUCAUAUUUGUUUGCAGUUUCUCUCUAGUUUCAGGGUUUAAUUGACAUAAAACUUUAUGUCAAUCAGAAAAUUAGUAUGUUUUACUCUGCCUCAAUAUUUAUCUUGUGUCAUCUGUACCACAUCUAACAUAACAGAGACUUUUGAAUAUAUAGAAGCCAUUCUUCUAAUUAGAAACCAUUCUUGUCUAGCCACCUCAGGCAACAAAGUAAUUAAGUACUUAUUUUUCUUUGUCGCUAAACUUGAACUGUUUUCCUGCUAAGGCAUGUGGCGGGCUUUGUUAAGAGCUCUAAAUGAGUGUCUAGAACUACAUUUUAGGAGGCACAUUUUAGUUUAAAAAUUCCUUGUAUUCUCUCUUAUAACGAACAAUGACUUCAUCAAAAACUAUGUUUUUUAUCAAGUCUAGUGUUAAUUUUAGCACUCCAGUAUGUUGUAUCUUUUGGUUAUUUUACAAAUUCGUACUGAAAAAGUUGUUUUUGAGUCA